AUAUAUAAUAAAAUAUGUAUACACACACAACAGUCAAACCUCCCCAAUAUCCUUCACCCAUGAUGAAACCUCUGGGAAACCUCCCCCAAACCGAAGUUUUGGUUCCAUAAAUACAUAGUUUAGGCAUCCAUUGCCAAGAAGACCCUAAGAAAAAUGAAGUUAUUGAGAAGAUCAUCAUCAAAGGGUGGGCGAUCCAAGCCCAAUGAAGUUUGCAAAAGACACCCAAAGCAUCGCCAAUCUCCGGGGGUUUGUUCACUUUGUUUAAUCGACAAACUCUCUAAGUUACCAUCACCACCUCAUUGCACUUCCACUAGUCGUAGUGCUACUAAACUUGCAGAUUCCAAUUGUUCUCCAUUAUCAUCAUCUUCUUCUUUGUCAUCUCCCUGUUCUUCAGCUUCAGAUUCAGCUUUAUAUUCUUCUUCUUCGUCUCCUAUGCAUCGUUAUCGUUUUGGUAAAGAUCGGGGUGCGGGCUCUUCGUUUUCUUUGUUAUGGUUCAGUGGGAAGAAUUUACUCACUAAAAGCAGAUCAGUAGCUUUUGUUUCGAGAAUCGAAAACAAUGGUUAUGAUGAUAAGAAGAAGAAGAUCAAUGGUGGGUUCUUGUCAAAGUUAAUACAUUAAUGGUGGUGGGUUUUUUUAUUUGUUUUCAUGCACCAGUUUUCUUGAUAAAUUACAGUAGAAAGAAGAGAUUAUAUUAAAGCAGAAGAUCAAUUACAAUAUAUUAGAUAUAUUUUUGCAUAUAUUGAUUCUCGUAUUUUGAUUCAUCUUAGCAUAUUAUAUGUAAGGUAUUCUACUUUCCCAAACAUUUAUUUCACUAAUGUUUAAUUAUUCCCA